AUGCACGCAGGCAAACUUGCUGGCUUUGCCUUAGACGUUAAGUCGGCUCACAAAACUGUGCGAGUUCGCCCCUCCGACCAGGGCCUUUUAGGCGUGACCUUGCCAUCGGCUGAUGGCUCUGGCCCUAGGUACUUGUUCUACCAAGUCUGCCCCUUUGGCGCAAACUUUUCAGCGCUUUGGUUUCAAAGACUUGGAAGUUUCUUCCUUAGGGUGCUGCACCUUUGGCUUUGGUUGCGGCACGCCCUGUUGGGUUAUGUCGACGACUUCCCCCUCCUGCAAGAUGAGGACGUCAUAGCGCUCUUUUCCUGCCUUGUCCUCGCCUUCUGUGCUAUGUUCGGCAUCCCAGUGUCGCACGCAAAAUUGCAGCUUGGUAGAGGCAUAGUGUGGAUAGGCUGGCGUUUUGGCUUUGGGAGCGGCGCUUUCUGUGUGCCGUUGGACAAGUCUCUCAAGCUCAAGCGCUUGCUCCAGGAGGCGCUUUCCGGACGUCAUGUGCGUCGCAGGACGAUGGACAAGGUUUUGGGCUUGCUGCAGUGGCUUUGCAAACUUUUCCGUCCUUUCAAGCCUUGGUUGCAGCCCAUCUAUGCAGAUGCCAACAGGCCCCUAGCUACAAAUCACAGCAUCGCGCCAGGCGAUUGGCCAGGCUUGGCCUUAUACCUUAAUGACUCUCUAAUUUUUGUCGCUACGCCUCCAGGCACGUCUAUCACCCCCGGCAGCCGCCUCUUGGAGGCUCGUCACAUGGCCUUGUCCAGCAAGAAGGAUUUGGCCAAAGUGCCUACAUCCAAGAGGAUUUGGAUGCGCGUCACGGACCCUUCCACCACACGCCGCAAACUCAGUGCGUCCAGUAGGGAGAGCCUUGCCUUUUGGCUCGAGUGGUGGUGCGACUUGCCGCCACUUUAUUUCCCCUUCAAAAGCCUCCAGCAGGCCUUCGCUCAGCUUGGCCUUAUGCUGUGCCUACGCUCCGUGGUUCCUUCAGCGCGCUGGGUCGUACGCAUGCGCACCCUGUCCGACAACACAGGGGCCAAGGCAGGCACCAAUAAGCUUUACAGCUCACACUUCCCCCUGUCAGCAUUCUUGAAGAAGCUCUGCAUGUUGGCAUGUCUCACGGGCAUUGAGCGUGAUGUUGGCCAUGUCUCUGGCGAGAAGAACGAUGACGCGGACUGGCUUUCGCGUUGUGGGAUGACCCAACAGU